CCGAGAGGCAAAUGACUUUUUGACAACAGAAACGAAAAACCCGAUUUCGAAGUGGUUCUGUCAUCGUAUUAAGCGGUACGAUUAUCGUUCUAACGGCAUCGGUGUGAUAACGUGAUCAGAGGGAGGCUGAAAUUUCACGAUGAGUCGAAAAACUUGCCUUCAACGUUAUUGAUUAUUAUGAACCUCUUUAAUCGUGGAAUGAACAAAAAUGUACUCUUGCAACGAGUCGUUAAUUAAGACGUUAUACGAGAAUGUGCAACGUUGGUUGGCCUUAAAUUUAACAUGACGAUUAUUGUUAUUAGUAUCCUUGUCAUCGGAUAUCUAUAUCAUAAAUUAUAAAAAAGUUAUUUCAUUGUGAAACCAGGAAGAUUAAUGUAUAUGGUUAAGUAAGUGUACAUAGUUGAUGUAAUUCUUACUAAUUAAUUAGUGCAAAUUAGAAGAAAAAAGAUUGGAAAGGAUGGGGUCGGAACAGAGCUCUCAUGGUGGUACCCAAAGUGCUAAUGCUAAUAGGACAAGAAAUAUACCAUUAAGACGUGGUAAAAGUGUACCAAAUCGUGAAAGAGUACCAGAAGACACACCACCGAGAUGUACCAGUCCUGGUGCAAGCAUUUGUUCGGAUUCUGACCUACCGUAUAUAUCUUACACUGUGAAUAGACCUAUUGGAGAUUCACCAAAGAUGACGAAUAAACAGUCACAGCUAUAUAGAGGCAAAAGUUUGGGUGCACAAGAUAUAUCUAGACGUAAAAAUAGCUUAGGUUCCGGUGGCUACAGAAAAACUACCUCUGAUAAAAUCCAUAAUAUAGUAGUAGUGAAACCAGCUAUGGCAGAUCCCACGGCUGACAAGGAUCCUGAUUUGGUUAAAUUACAAAGUAUUCCCAUGUUCCUACCUAUCAUGCGUGGCACUCUUAAUUUGCCCCCAGGUGUGAGGGAUCCAGAGGUCCUGGAAAGACUCAAUCCCAUUGGUCUGUUCAAUUUGUGUGCUCGUUAUCAACAUCACCUUAACACUAAUGCUCAAAUGAUUGCCACUGAACAAUCUACUCUAUGCAUUAAUAUUGAACCAGAGGUUACCAGGAUUCUUAAUUUGGCAAUGGAAAGGCAAAAAAAAUUUGCCAGGUUUGCUGAACAACUAAACAAAGUACAUGAGCUUAGUAAACAAUUAACUAAAUGCCAUACCCUUUUGAAUCAAACAUUGGAGAGUCUUGAAAUGUUAAAUAAUCUUUUACCAGUUGAGGAUAGAUUAGAACCCUUUGUAUGGACUACCGGGUAGAAUAGAUGUUAAAAGAUUAUACUGAAUGGUAGCUUGAAAAAUUACAAGUACAUUGCACUGGUGCUAAGAGAUAAUCUGGAUGAGAAUGUUAGAAAUCUGUUUUGUUUCUUUUAUUAAUCACUGAAUCUUUACCAAAUGAAUCUUUA